CCUUUAGAACGUUAGCUAGCUUGAAUUUUUUUUUUUUUUCACGUUUAGUGCCCUGUUUCUCGAAUGCUGGUCGGCGGCUGGCAAAAGAGGGGCUAUUUAAACAGGAACCCGAGAGCAGUGAGGACUGGAAAUGGCUUCAGGGAUGGAUUUCCCAUAUCCUGUCCAGCGCAACACUGGCCCAGACUGGGAUUCCAUAUUCUCCAGUGUGAAGGCUCAGAUCCCAUCCCUCGAUUCCGACACCUCCACAUCGGAUUGUGAGGAAGACGAGGUAUUAAUAUUUCACCGCAGUCCAGCCUCUCUGACCCCUGGACAGCUGAGUGAUGCCGAUGAUAUUUCACUGGGUGAUCCUGAGUUGGAGGAGUUGCUGGAGUCUGUGAGGACAACAAGGGAGGCCUGGCCUGCACAGGGGACAGCACAUCAGGCCAUUCAGGAUGAUCCAGUACUCGGGACCUCAGAUGGCCUGCACUUGCAAGCCUCUGUUUUAUCAGACCAGCUGGAUGCAGACCUAACAUCCAGCCCUCCUGGUUCCUCCGCAGAGGCUGCAGUGCAAACUCUGGAUCCCCACACAAGCAUGGACCAGGCUGGGAACAGCACUAAUCCAGCCUCCCCUAGCCUCACGUGGCCCAGUCGUGGUGCAGUGGGAGACGCUGACCUGAAUCCAGACGACAUCCGAAGAUCCUCCUUUUUAGACCUGCCAGGACAGGAGACAAGCCUUUCUCUAAGGGGGGACAGGGGAGAGAGCCCUGUACUGGCCAGUAGAUACAGUCCCUCACAGCAGAUAGAGGGAGCUUCUGGAACUGGACCUGCUGACCCGGAGGAAUGUCUGGGCUUCCGGGCAGAAUCAGGAGAAGUUUGUAGGCACACUGAGGCAGCAGGAGGGAAUGGGCUGCCUGUUUUAUCUUUGGAGUUACUAGAUCAGUGGGACCUGGAUGAAGUCUUGCAGAACCUGGAACAGAAUGGGAACUCUGACAGUUGCACUGAGGAGAAACCAGUCAUGCAGGUUGAGACAGGCAGUGCUGGAGGGCAGACCCAGGGGAGCCUACUGGAGAGGCUGGCUGCUCUGUGUGUGAGGCAGUCCGGGGGAAGAGUGGAGCUAAGCCAGAUCACUGCUGCUGCUCAAGCAUCUCCUGACCCACAUGCCUCGUCGCCUCCUCAGCACCCCCCACCUCUGAGAACUGGAUCUUCUACAGUGUUUCCCCAUGCUGAUCCCCACCUAGUCAUGGACGAGGAGAGGACAGAGGGGCCUCCUACGGUGUAUAUCGACCUGAGGAACACUGAGCCAUCCGGGAUAUUCACUGUUCCAGUGCCCCUGGAAGAGACCACCGACGCCCAAGAGCAAAGGUGCAGCGAUUCUUUAUCUGAGGAAGAGGAGGAGACCACAGACCAUGAGCUAAACUGUGAACAAGCUUUCAGACCUCGUGAAUUUACAGGAAAAAGCCUUCUGCUCCAGAAGUUACGGGAAGCGAGCAAGAAAGAAAAGGAUGCCCCAGCCACCAGUGACAGGCAAAAGGAGGGAGCUAAUGAGCAGAGGAGCUCUAGGGCAGGACGGGCUCCAGAAAAUAGGAGGAAGAGAACAAGCAGCAGGGCCGAAGCAACAAAGCCCAGUGAGGGACAGUCUGAGCGCCCAGGUGAUACUGAGAGACAGCUUGGACAGGUCGAUCUCCUGCUUGUUAAUGGAGCCCCCCAGAACGGACCCUAUUUAAAAGACACUGGGCAGGGGGAGCCACUCGGAGAAGAGGCUCCCUCUGAGGAACUAGAAAGCACUGAGGAAACCCCCACUGUGAACAGCAACAGUGCUGCAGAUUCUCUUGGCCUGGAGCGGAGAGAGAAGCAGAAGGAGCAAGCACGUCGACAACGCCUCCAACGACACAUGGACAACCUGAAACCGAGGAAAUCAGUAACCGGCAGACAGCCUGCUGCACAUAGCACUGCCGUACUGUACAGCACAGAGGCCUCCUACUUCCCCUCUGUUAGCAUUCUUUCCCCGGAGAGUGAGAACAGAGAGACUCUUCUCCUAACCGUGUGUCUCUCGAGCCCUGGGCAGACAUUAGCAUGGGGACAGCACACAGGACACACCCUGGACAAUGCACGAACAGGUUCUAAUGUUUACAACACACUGGUCACCUGGUUUUUGUCUCUGGUGGGGCCUGUGCCACAGAGCCAGGAGGAGUCUGUAAGUGCAGAAAGACAGCCCCUCUUCUGGGUGGCAGGGAUCCAGCAGCUGUGGAGGGAGGAGGGCCUGGUGCUCUAUGUGUGUGCAGCUUCACAUGGAGAGAGCAGAGGGCAGGUUGAGCUUCCGACCCGGAAACCCAGACGGAGGGAGGAGGAGAGGGGAAACAUGGUGUUCUACCAGCGGGUCUCCAAGUAUCUGUCUCAGACCCCCCUGCGCAGUGUGACCCCCUGGGCAGAGGAGCUCAACUGGCGUCUCGACAAACAGGCCCACCCCCUACAUAUCCGCCUACCCUCUGCCCGCCUCGACAGCUUCGUCUCAGUGAACCCUGACAGAAAGGCCGUAGAGAAGGCUUUUGGCUCCCCUGUUGGAUUCUACUGGCAGACUGUGGAGACUGAGGAGCAUGACUGUGUGAGUGUAGAAGAGAACGGAGACAGCCAGCACUCUGAAACUGAGGUCACCAUGGCUCUGUGGUACAAGACUCUAUUUGGGGAGCCCUUAGUGACUCACCAUACCCUGCAGCUGAUCCAGAGCUCCAGCCUGGAUAUCUGUGGGCUUCGUCUCCUCUACCCACCACACAGCCUGCUCUCAGCCAGUGCAGGAGUCCUGCCUCCAGGGUAUGAGCAGCAUUGUGGCCCCCAGCCUGUGCUGGCUCUGGCUCUCAGAGGCCCUAGGGCCGGCUCUGUGUGGCGAGAUAUCGCAGGACCCUCAGACUCCCAUCUAGCCACUUUGACGGACCCCAACUCCAUCAAUGCCAUGUACGGUGCUGGCCGGGACCGCCCCCUCCUCUACUCCCCCCGCUUAGACAGCCGUGUCCAAUGGGAGCUCUGCGUUUGGUUUGGGGGACGGGUCCCCGAGGAUGGAAACGUGUACGUCGGGGUGCAGAACAGCAAGGCACCUAGUGCUCCUUCUUCCAAAACACAGGAGGGUAGGUUUGGGGAAACGGGUCUCAAUGUCCUGGUCUCGGGCAGACCCCUUGCAACUCUCACUGCUACAGUCACAGCGGACGUGUUCCUGGUGGUGUCUCCAGUAGUCCCACCUUGUUGCUAUGGAGAUGUGUUGUCAGGGUGCACGAAGCAUGGUUUCAGCCUGCGGGGUCUUCGUCGGCUGCGGCUCUCUCCCAAACGAGCGCAAGGGCUCGGGGUGCCCAGCCAGCAGGUUUCAGUGUUUUGUUCGGUGCCGCCUUUCACCGGACACUUCGAAGGGGAUCCCCCAGUUGAGUUGCCCUCACACUGCCUGAUCGUGCUGCUGAGGAGAGAGAAUGCCUGGCACCACAGCCCCAGUCUGCUCACAGGACUAAUGAACGAGUUUGCAGAACAGGGUCUCCUGAGAUAUGUAUGCAGCAGACUGCCUCCUGAUGCUGAAAUAGAGACUGACUGCUGCUUCCACACAGCUCCCUUUACUGAGAGCCUCUUACACAGCCUGGGUGGCUCUCUCUGGUUAGUGCCCAACUGUGGGAGCGUCUCCCUGGACAUGCUUUCGCCUCGCAACUUUCCCUCAAACCCAGAGCUGGAGCAGGUGGCUAUUCUUACACUGACUGGGGGGGACAUUGACAGGCAAGGCAGUGGGUUUCUGCGGAGGAUUCUGAGGGGGGAGUCAACUCAGCCAGGAAAGACAUCAGCUCACACUGACGGAGGGUUUGAGCUCCUAGGCCUCAAGUGGCUCCCUCGCCUCUCGCGUGCGCAUGCCCGGGAGGUGACCCCCUUCGAGGUGGGCGACAAGCUGUGGCAGGACAGCGUGGCACGCCUGGCAUCCGGCCCCGCUCUGGUGUGCGCGGUCCGGAGAGUCAACGGCUUCGCUGUGCUCCACCGGCUCCUGCAGGACUCAAGCAGCAACCUGGACAGGGUGGUGUCACCCACCCCCGAGCUGGCCUUCCGUCAGGCAGCCCUGUUCUUCACAGACAGGGAGCUGAUCCCAGAUCCCAGUGCCCGUCCCUUACUGAACUUCCUUCCUCCUCCCAACAGACACUGCAGCUCCCAAGCAAAGAAUCAAUGCAUCAGCAAGACGGAAUCUAUCUUCAGCUACAUGGUGGAGAGCCCUGAGCUUCUUUUUACUGUGGCAGUCGUCAAGCCUGGCGUCUGGACGCGCUCUCUUGCAAAGAUACUUGGCAAGGUGCAGUUGUCUGGCUUCAGCGUGGUGGGGCUCAAGGUGCUGCUGCUGGACCAGCACAGUGCUGCAUCACUUCUGUCCACUGCAGUUAUGCAGGACCCUGGGCUUGCAGACUUCCAUAUGGAAUAUCUUCUCUCAACCCCUUCCCUGGUACUGUGUCUGCAGCGGGAGAAUGCAGUCAAGAAACUGCUGGACCUGCUGGGGCCGGAUGAUCCUCACCUGGCUCAGUCCCAGGAUCAGUUCCUCUGGAGGGCCCAGUAUGGCACUGACCUAAUACACAAUGGAAUCUAUGGAUCUCUAUCCUAUCGUAAGGCAGUGCGAGAUGCAAAGCUGUUUUUCCCUGAGGGUCUGUGCUGCAGGGGGACCAUGCUGAUGGAGCAGGAACAGAUACUCUGUGCCACCUCGGAUCCCAUUGUCUGCCCCCAGCGCAUGCAGAGCUGUAGAAUUGUAAGCAUGCCUCAUGAACGUCUCAUCAGUGCACACUGCACAACCAUUGAACUCAAUGGAGUUCGAAGCACACUCUGCCAGACAACCUGCCUGCUUGUUCCCUCCAAGCUAUUGUGCACCGGCAGGCUCUACAUUGACCUUCUGCAGCAGCUGCUCUGGAAUGCCUGCCACCUGGUGGCUGGGAGGCUCAGUUGUCUGGACAGGUUGCAGAGUCAGCAUGUUGCAGAAACCAUGUGGUCCACCCAGGACAGCUGCACAGUGACUACCAUGCUUUCUGAUGGCCCCUGUCUGAUCCUGGCUCUGCAGGGGGACAACAUGGUCACUUGCUUUGACUCCAUACUCAACAGUAUCUGCUGGAAGAGGCCAGAGCUGGAGAAACUCAGAAAGGGGAUUCUUUAUCCCAAUAAUGAAACACAGGCUGACAAGCUGCUCUGCUUCCUCUUUGAGUCCCUCUCUCCCACCAGCCAACACAAGAUAGUACUUCAGGACCCCCUCUGCCUCAUUCCUCAGGAGCUAAAGCCUCUGUGA